UGUUUUUUGUGUUCAGAGAAUGGGGAAAAGGAGGUUCGCGCUAAUUUCGACUAGCGACGAGGACGAGGAGGCGCUGCCGAGGCAACAGUUCCCGAACUCGGCGGAGCUCCAGCCGAGGCGAAGGAGGUUGAAGCGGAUUAGGCUUGCGGAGGAGGAAGAGGAGCAGCAGCAGCAGCAGAAGAAGGAGAAGAAGAAGAAGUCGGAGAAGAAGGAGAGGGAAGUUACAAAGAGCGACGAGGAAGAGGAAGAGCUGCCUCAGGACGACGCCAAGCCAAUCGGUGAGCCGGUCAGGUUUUCGGGGAAAGGGAAAAAUAGGAGGAGCCAUUACGAGGCGUUCGAGUUUGAUGGGAAUCGAUACGACCUGGAGGAUCCUGUACUUCUAGUUCCCGAGGAUAAGAAACAAAAGCCUUACGUGGCAAUUAUUAAGGAUAUCACUCAGGCCAAAGAUGGGAACAUGAUGGUAACUGGGCAGUGGUUUUAUCGCCCUGAAGAGGCUGGGAGAAAAGGUGGUGGAAGCUGGCAAUCACGUGAUACAAGAGAGCUGUUUUACAGUUUCCAUCGUGAUGAGGUCCCAGCAGAAUCUGUGAUGCACAAAUGUGUGGUGCAUUUUGUUCCCAUACACAAGCAGCUUCCUAGCCGUAAAGAGCAUCCCGGUUUUAUUGUACAAAAAGUUUAUGACACUGUUGAACGGAAAUUGUGGAGACUAACUGAUAAAGACUAUGAAGAUAACAAGCAGCAUGAAAUUGAUCUUCUUGUUCAGAAAACUCUAUUACGUUUGGGGGAUCUUCCUGACCUUGAAACUGAAGAUACUGCUGCUGAUCAGGAAGAACAGCUUAAGAGUAAACGAUCUUUAAGGAGAAAGAACAUUUCACCUCUUGAUGUUUCAAGGGAGGAAGAAGCAAGGCCUGAUCAAAAUCUAAAAGCUGAAACACCUGGAAGCUGUACAAUUAAUGCCUCAGAAUACCGCAGUAUUUUGACCGAGUUCAAUGCAUUGACUGGAGACAACCAUCGUGAUAAAUGUCUGGAGAAGCUCCUUCAAGGUAUUCAAUACAUGUGCAACGCUGUCAGCAACAUGCAUGGAGAUGACAAAGAAAAAGGUGGCUCUAAUGACAUUAGCCAUGGAAGUGAGAUUGGGUGUCAAGAAGCUGCAAAUGAUUCUCAUGAAAAGAGUCUAAAGGGUGGCAAUGCUUUUCUCUGGCCAGAUGCUGCUGUUCCAGCUGUAACUGCUCUUGAGAUGGCUGCACAUGAUACACUUUCCUCAGAUUUUCAGAAGUAUAACCAAAAGAUGCGGCAGCUGGUGUUUAAUCUUAAGAACAAUGCACUGCUGGCCCGGCGUCUUCUGAAUGGAGAGUUGGAACCAGCAAAAAUACUGAACAUGUCGCCAAAUGAGUUAAAGGAUGGUUUAAUGGCAGAGGAAAUAGCAAGAAAGGAGCCUGAUGAGUCAGAGCGCAUGCAGAUGACAGAUGCUCGUUGUUCAAUAUGUAAUGAGAAUAAAGUUGGUGUAAGAGACAUUAUCCAAGCAGGACAUGGAGAACGAUAUCAGUUGGAGUGUAUUGCCUGUGGUCAUUAUUGGUAUGCCUCUAGGGAUGAGGCAUCCAAACUGACAAUAGAUACACCAAGUACGACUAGAAGUGUAGGCACGGCACCAUGGGCCACUGCCAAAUUUGAAGACGUAGAGAAGCAGCUGGUGAGCCCCCGUGAAUCUGACAAGCCUGGCAAUGACACCUUCAAAAAAACAAGUGAAGCUUACAUGCCCGUCUUGGAUUCCCAGAAAUCAUUUGGCAGGUCCAAAAAGGAAGAAAAACUUGAAUCUGCUAGAAAUGUUGAGUAGUAUCUGCAGGCUCUUACAGCUUCCGGUUACUGACGUAGUGUUGUAGUCGUUUGAGGAAUUGUCCUUUUGUAUAGUUUUACUGUAGGUGGGAUAAUCUGCGUUUCUUUGUCUAUAGCCUCAAGCAGAGUGAGUAAUCUCAUACAUGUCGUCCUCCUGAUGUAUAGAUAGGAUAGUGUUACCAUGCAUGUUGAGAUCAGAAUCCGGUACUCUUUGUUGAGACCUCUUCUGUUUUCACUUUUGUUCACAGUUUUCUGUUUGCAUGAAAGAAUUAUGCCAGUUGAAGACAACACUGUUUAGAUGGAGUAUAGUCUAUACAAUAGAAGCUUUGGGUGAUUUGUUUCUGUGAA